AUGGAUGACGUAAAAGUCAUAGCUUCAGAGGUCUCCCUCACCUUGGGUCUUCCUCCUAGCUGCAUCCAGUUCUGCCCUGCGCAUCCUGAUCUGUUUGUGGUGGGAACUUACAACCUUGAAAAGAAUGAAGACGAUGCUCAAGUGGGCACAGAGAACGGGGAUGAGGAUGGUGGUGACCAGGUAGCUGCGACAAAGACACCGCAAAGCCGCAAUGGCAGCCUACUUGUUUUCAAGGUUGAUGGUGCUAAGCUUGAUCUAGUCCAAACUGUUUUACAGCCAUCAGCCAUAUUGGACCUUCGAUUUCACCCGUCUAAAGACAGGCAAGAUAUCAUGGCAGUAGUAUCUAGUACGGGGACGCUGGCUGUGUUCAAAUUGGAUCCCACACACGACUCUUCAGCACCUUUACAGCACAUCUCGACAAGCAGAUGCGAAGAUAUUGGAGAGGACGUCUUGUUCCUGCAAUGUAAUUGGCACCCUGAGAUCCAGAAUGUGAUUGGCGUGACAACAUCGACGAGCUCUGCCCGGCUCUUACACCUGGACAAGGAUUAUUGCAUCAAUGACUACACUGAGCUGAACAUUGCCAACUCCCUUGAGGCGUGGUGCAUCGCCUUUUCUCCGGGGGCGGCCUCAACCGAUGAUAAGACACAAGUUACAGCUUAUUGCGGAGGAGAUGACUCUUUGCUCCGCUACACAUCCUGUAUCUGGGAUCCAAAUGACUCCGAUUCUCCUUCCGAGGAACCUUAUUCGCCCAUCACUAUCAAAGGAACACAUAACGCAGGAGUCACAGCGAUCUUCCCACUUCCUGUAUUCGUAAAGAAUACUGGAAGGGUUGUUGUGACAGGAAGCUACGACGAUCAUCUGCGUGUUUUUAUUAUACACGAUCUACAUGAGACAUAUGGCAUGAAAAAAGUCGACCUGGUCCUUGAAGAGAACAUGGGAGGAGGCGUGUGGCGACUAGAUCUCGUCAACAUACAAAAGGGAACAGACUCAACCAAGAUCAGAUUCCUCGCUUCAUGUAUGCACGCGGGCGCCAGACUUGUUGAUUUGGAGGUCAAGAAUGAGCAAGACUGGACCUGCAAGGUCCUGGCGAGGUUUGAAGAGCAUAAGAGCAUGAACUAUGGAAGUGAUUUUGUGAGAGACAGUCAAGCAGGAGAUGACUUGUGGUGUGUGUCGACUAGCUUUUAUGAUAAGCUGCUUUGCCUUUGGAAGUAUGAGCCAUAA